AUGGACACCAACGGACUGGAACUCCGACCACCGGUUCCACCACAGCAGACACAGGACACCGCACAAGAGAUGCAGCUGACGGCCGCUCCAGGCUCAUCCGUGGUGGCUGCCAGUGCUUCCACCGAGAGCGUGACAGGCCAGGUCCACGACGGAGGAUACGCAACCCCAACAGGCGAUGCGGAAGCAAGGCAACGGAAACAGCGUUCGCCGAAGAGAAGAAAGAAGCGUCGACUGACUUCUGCUGACGAUAGCCAUAGUCCCGAGGGGACAGUGGACGAAAACGACAGUAUCGACCUGAGACCAGUGGAUUCAACAGAUACCGAGAUGUCGAUGCAGGAACUACACAGCGACGAAAACUUGAACUCUCCUUCUGGUGACCGGAAGGCGGAAGUGGAGAUGACAACUGUCCAACAUCAGAGCGAUGACAACGUUACCUCCCAUCCUUCGACCAGUUCCGGAAAUAUGCUGGGGGACUGGGCGCAAGAAAUGGACCAACAGGAACAGGAUGAAAAUACGAACGCGACGAUUGAGGACAGUCCUGCCCAGAGGCCGGGAGGGACGACGGCGCUGCUAAGCCGCAACGGCGCACUGUCGCAGUCGCCCUCCCUGACGGAGUUCGCCGCCUUCUGCAACGAGAUCGGCACCUCAGGCGGUGCUCCAAACCCCUUCUUAGAGGUGCUGUGCCGCCAGGUGGCCGAGAGGACAGCCACGCAGCCGCCUCCCACCACUACCACAUCCUGGAAUGGGCCGGAGGCACUCAACGCGUCGGGAGAAGCACCUGCCAUCAACACUGACCUGGCAACGCCUCUGAUUACACAAGAUGAGCAAGAGGCAGUAAAACAAGCAAACGACAGUGGCGUAAUUCCUCAAGAAACAAAUCACACUGCAGAGUUCCAAUCACUUAGGAAUGAAACUUUCAACGUGUCCGAUGCGCUCCCUGGUGGAGAGCAAUCAGUAAUCGUUCUUAACAACAUAUUACCACAAGAGCAAGUAGAUCUUGAAGUAAGCGGUGGUUCAGAUUUUAGCUGGAAUGUAGGUGGACCGACAGCGACGACAGGCGAGCAAAGCAAUGGAUCUGUUGUAGAACCGCAGAACAAACUCAUUCACAUAAAACCGCAUAACACAACUAGCAAUAGAUCUGUUGUAGAGCCACAGAACAAACUGCUUCAUAUAGAGCCACAUAACGUGAGUACCUUUUAUGUGGGUGUAAGAGAGCAGAGUGAAUUCGUUGGCGAUUAUGGCAAUAAUGGACGUAACAGUACUCUCGCUCUCCAGGCACCAAUCACAAAUUUAAAGACACUGAAACGAGGAGAUCAAAUGCCAGUGCCAGGAAAUAAAAGUAGUGAUUCACCUGCAUUAUUAAAUGCAGAAACCCUUGACCAGUUACCACAAGUCGAACCACACCAAUCGCCAGAUGAGGGAGGACUAUUGAUUCAGCAAUCUGGCAUCCAGAAUUCUAAUGAAACACCGAGCAUAAAUCAGUCACCCGAUACUACCCAUGUACUGGAGAAAGAACAGGAGGAUGUACCAGACGACAGAAAUAAUGCUACAGAAGAGUCGAUAAGUGAAGCGCAACUGUACGUGGAACAGCUAUCAACUAGUGUAACAUCAGAAAGUGAAGCACCUAUAACUAUAGAAGUAGCGAGAGAUGGCUUAUACAUAUCUUCGUCAGGAAGUAACAUAACUAGAGUGGAAAUUCAAGAUGAAGGGCAUGGAAGUACUGCUAAUGUGUCUUCUACAGAGUCUGGAAUCCAAGUAGUAGAGGUCAAUAACUCCACAUUCAUAGCAUCAGACGUGGGACCGGAACCUGGAAUAAUUAAGGAUGCGCCAAGUAGCAUCGACGCUUUCUCUGAGGUUCAGAAUCUGAAUUCACAAAAUAUUCCAACUCAAGAAUUUGGCACAACGCAAUCUACGAAAGGGGAAUCAGCUACUGAAAACGAACAGUCGUUAGUCUCAGAGCAAGUAACAAGCGGAGGACAAUCAUCAGUUGAUCAAACUGCAGAAGGUGUUCUACAAGAUUCACCAGCUAUGGAUACGCAGCGAGAUCAGGGAGAAGGAAUAUUUACACCAAAAACAGAGCCUGCAGUGGAUCUAGUAGAAGCGGAUGUAGCCACAACUGAAUCGACCGUCUUCAGCACAGAAAGUACAGUUGUCCUCACACAAAACCCAGCUCUUAUUAAUGGUGAGGAGCCAAACGUGCAGCCACCAGUUAUACUGGAAGAAAACUUAGGAAAUUCUAAUUCAACUGCAGUGCAGCCUACUAGUGGAGGAAUGAGUUCAACAGUACCAUCAAAUAAUUCGGCAUCAGAACAGGAUACCUUGAGCAACAACAAAAACGAAGCCACUGGUGACCAAGAAACGUCAGUUACAGAAACAGCGGAAAAUUCUAAUAACAGAUCAGACAAUCGGACUGUGCACUCAUCACAGACAUUAUCAGGUAAUUCUGAAGUAUCAGACUCUACAGGCUCGGAUGGUACCAGCUUACCAGAAGGGGUCAGCAGCUCCAACCAGAGUGCUAAGUCUAUCCCACAGCUUGGGUUGUCUGGUGGAUCCAUUAGCCAGUUUCGAGAUGGGGUGUCUUCUUCCGAAGGAAAUUCAGUUGCUUCCGCAUCUAUACCACCUAAUCCUGCUGGAUCCUUCAGCCAAUUCCCAGUUGGAGUGUCACCUUCUGAAGGAAAUUCCCUUGCUUCCACAUCACUUCCAUCUAACUCUACUGGACUCACCAGUCAGGCCCCAGUUGGAGAGCCAUCUUCUGAAGGAAAUUCAGUUGUUUCUGCUUCACUACCACUCAAUUCUGCAGGAGCCACCAGCCAGUUCCCAGUUGAGUUGUCAUUUUCUGAAGGGAAUUCAAUUGCUUCGGCGUCAUUUCCAUCUAAACCUGCUGGAUCCACCAGCCAGACCACACUUGGAGUCUCAUCUUCUGAAGGGAAUGCAGUCAGUUCUACAUCACUUCUGCCUAAUCCUGGAUCAACCAGCCAGCCCCCCAUCGGACUGUCAUCUUCUGAAGGGGAUUCAGUUGCUUCUACAUCGCUCCCAUCUACCCCUGAAGGUGACUUUGUGGGAGAUUCUAUCCUCGUCAUGAAAGAAAUGUCGACCAAGUUUCUGGAAGGUUUGGCUGAAGUCCACUGCCGCCAGGUGGUGAACGACUUCUGGAAGAACGUAACCGAAGUCUUCAGAAGAGUGUCCGCUUCUCACAAGCCUACAGUGUGGGAUGUGACGUCGAGCGUGAGGGAGGUUCUCGAAUCGUACCGCAGAGAGAGCCCCUACUGGGAGACGAUCGCCGCCAAGCUGGAGGAGGCGACCUCGGACCGCCGGUGGCGGCAGCUGCUGGGCUCUUUGGCGGGGCAGCGCCCGGAGUGCCGCGCGGCGGGCGCGCAGCCAUCGGCCGACAGCUGCGACAGGUUCGUGCUGUGCUACCGCGCCGGAUGGCAGUGGCGCGCGCUCACGAUGAGCUGUCCCCGGGGCAGCGCCUUCAGCCGCAGCGAGCGCCGCUGCGUGUGGCGGCCUCUCGCCGACUGCAGGCCCGACCCGCUCAUUCGUCGCUGGUUCGACGACGACGGCGACUCCGACUCCGAUUCCGAUUCCGACUCCGAUUCUGAGUCCGACAGCUCUGAGGGCAGAAGCUGGUCGCUGUUCGGACAGGGUCACUCGCUGUUCCGAAUGUUUAACUUCCGCCACUGA